AAGAUCUUGAAAUCAAAAACUAAAAAAAAAAAGAAAAAGAGAGAGGUUAAAUCACAGAAGUGACACAAACAAACAGAAGAAAGAAGAAAUGAAUCUUUGUCUCAACUAUCAAAACCACAAGAUUUGGUGGAGAGAGUGUUGAAGCAAUGAAGGUAAGUGUGGAGAUAAUAACGGGGACAUUUAUAGAUACGGAGGUGAGUGAGAAUGCUACGGUGAAGGAAUUGAAGGAGAAGAUUGCAACUGAGGUGAAGUUAUCAGUGAAGCGUUUGAUACUUGUGGUCAAGGAUGGAGAGGAGAGUAGAAGACUGGUGAAGGAUGAUGAAGAUGAAAUGAAGCUGAUAGAUUUAGGAGUGAAAGAAGAUUCUCAUGUGUAUUUGUUCUUUAAGCAUCCUGAUUUGGUUUGCAAGGAAGAUAGAUCUCAAGGAAGAGUAGAUGAUGCUUCUGCGGAGGAGGUAUCGUCGGAAGCAGAGAGUAAAAGAGGAAACAAAGAAAAAGGUGAAGAGGCAAAAGAAAAAAUAGACGGUGAAGAGGAAGAUGUAGGGAUAAAGAAUGGUGAAGAAGAUAGAGAAGAAGAGAAAAAGAAGAACAAUGGAGAAAAAAGAAAGGAUGAUCAUAAUAUUGAAGAAGGAAAAGAGAAAGCAAGAGAGGCUGAAGAAGAAGAUGAAAUGGAUAGAGUUUCUUGAUUUGGUUUGUUAACUAUUCCAUAUUUAUGAACUUUUCUUUUGUGAUUUAUCUUGUCAUAAUGUUUCUUGUUCUACAAGUAAACAGCUUAAUGAAAUUUUAUGAUCUGUUUGGUUUC